AUCAACAAAUUCUUCAUCUCUACUUCCAUCACCAUCAUCACCAGAUUUAACAAUUAAUAAUUCAACAAUAAUACAUUCAUCUCCAACUAUGACAUGGCCACAAAUAAAUUGUCGCGCAUUAAGACCUGAUGAUUAUCAUAUGUUACUUGAAUUACUUUCAUCAAAUACAAAUACGGAUUCACCACCGAUUUUUUUUGGUUCAGCACUUAUUGAUCCAACAACAGCAACACCUUAUUCCGAUGCAACACGUACACAACCGAAGAAACGUGUACGUCCCGGUCAUGUUAAACGUCCAAUGAAUGCAUUUAUGGUUUUUUCACAACUUGAACGUCGAAAAAUUGUUCAACUUGCACCACAUUUACCUAAUGCGGAUAUAAGCAAAUGUUGUGGAGCAAAAUGGAAACGUAUGUCAUUACGUGAACGACAACCAUAUAUGGAAGAAUCAGAACGAUUAAAACAACUUCAUGCACGACAAUAUCCAACUUAUAAAUAUCAACCACGAAAACGUAAUAAAUCAAGUCAAUCAUCGAAUUCAUCUGCUCCGCCACCAUCAGCUAGUACAUCAUCAUCAUCGUCACCACCAAUUUUAACUACAAUUCCUUGUCAAUCAUCAAUUAUUACAAAAGAUCAACCUGAAACACCUCCGCCAUCUCUACCACAACCGUCAUCAGGUUCAAAUUCUAAUGAUCCCAUAUCACUUUUAGUUACAACAUUAUUUGAUCAAAAAUUAGCUAUGUUUGCUAGUAAUCUUCAACAAUUUAAUAUUGAUCAAUUACAAUAUCAUUUUACACCACCAAAUAAUCAACUUUAUCCAACAUCAAUGCCUUUUGAUCCUGUAACUUUUCUUGCUAAACAACAACAACAUCGACUUGUUUAA